CACAAAUCAGUUAGAAAGUGUUAAAGUGAGGAAAGUUUAUGUGACAGAGGGAGCACAUCUUCUCUAAGGAGCGAGUUUUUAACUGAAUCCCACGACCAGAUGGAUACCUUUGAUUGAUUGCCAACAAUUUAAAGAACAGUAGAAUUGGGCGUGUUUCCACAAUCUUCGCGCCUUAAUGAUAAUCGCCCUCUCUCUCGAAUAUUGAUACCGUGACCUAGCCGAAUCUUUUUCAUAUAGCAGAAUAAUAAAGGAAAGUUGUUCGAUAAACAAGCGAGUGUCGGUUGAUGAUGGACUUGGAUCCCCGACAAUACGAAAACAUCGAUGCGAGUGAAAGAGAUGUGCACAACAUGAUUGUCUCGUAUCUUGUGCACAAUUGCUUCAAAGACACCGUAGAAUCAUUUGUUGACAGCACGGGGAUGAAGCAACAUGCCUCUUAUUGCAUUGAGGAUAUGGAGACGAGAAAAAGAAUUUGUGAUUUCACUACCAAAGGUAAUGUUCUCAAGGCAAUUGAGCAAACAGAAAAACUUGCACCAGACAUCCUGGAGAUGAACAAGGAUCUACAUUUUGAUCUACUUAGCCUUCAUUUUGUUGAACUAGUGGCCUCAAGAAAAUGCAUAGAAGCUCUUGAAUUUGCUCAGACAAAUAUGGCUCCUUUCGGGAAGAUCCAUACUUAUGUUGAAAAGCUUGAAGACUUCAUAGCUCUCUUGGCCUAUGAGGAACCAGACAAGUCACCCAUGUUUCAUCUACUUGGCUUGGAAUAUCGACAGCAUGUUGCAGACAGUUUGAAUAGGGCAAUCCUCUCACAUGAAAAGCGCCCCAGCUAUUCAGCAGUGGAAAGGUUAAUACAGCAGAUAACGGUGGUAAGACAAUCCUUAAACCAAGAUCCUGCCGGAAAGGAGGGCAGCUCAGUUUUUUCUUUCAAGGACUUUAUCAUGGGGCGCUAAUAGUAGUGGCUGGAAAGUAAUUGGGAAACUUCAGUAUAGCCCCUCCUUGCUGCUCAAUUUCAAAGAACUGGCUUUGUAUAAUGAUGCACUUUGUGAUUUAAUAUUAGCUUUACUUAGAAUUUCUAUUGCUCAAUUUUGUGUGCAUUCUUCUCUCUUACCCUGUCAAAGUUCAUACAGUAUUUAUUACUUCAAAGUUCCAACCCAGCAACUCUUGAAUUUGAUUAUUGUAACAUUAUUAUUAUACGGAGUAGCAUAAAGCCAUAGAAUCAAUCCAUGUUAUCCUCUUAUGUGGAAAGAUACCGUGCACUUCGUUUCAUUUUUUGAUUGUAUGUUAACUUCCUUUCAUUAAA